CCUUCACCUCGUGAUCCCAUGUAACACGCCUCACCGCAACAGUCCCUCCCGGUUCUCAUAUUUCUUUUUUUCUUCUCCCCUUAUUCCAGUCAUUCUUUUCACUUGCAUUCUUAGGUGCAUUGGGAUCAAAUCUUUCUGCGAGGAAAAUACCACUCACGGCUUCAGGGGGGAUUCAAAAUCCAGUUCGGAACAGAAAGAGUUAAAAAAGACAAGAGAGUGUCUCGACGACCAGAAACUCGAAACCAGGCAAACAUUCAUUGUAAUACCGGGAUCCCUCAAUCUAGGAAUCAGCCAUGUCAUCCUCAACAUCGGCUCAAGCCUACGUCCCCGUCGCCACCGAUUCCCAAACCGACAUGUCCAACUUCAUCUCCAUCAUCACGGCGGCGUUUUCCAGCACAGCGCUCACGACGGCAUUCAUAGUCGACAUCGACGGCACGCCCCCGCCUUACCCAUCUCCGCUGAUCGACGCGGCUCGACGAGAACGACAUUUCUCCCGCGGGAUCCUCGAGAGCGCGGCGUCGGGGGCCGAGCUGGUCCAGGCGGGAGACUGGUCCGCCAUCGCGCUGUGGGAGACUCCCACGUACGAGGGCAAGCCGUUCAUCGACUCUAAGGCGCAGCCGGGCCCGCUGCUGAGCGAAUGGAGAGGCAGGGUCAAAGCCGCCAAGGCAAAGCACCUGGCUGUACCGUCGACCACCUCCACCUCCACCUCCACCGCCCCGGCCACGAACGCGGAUGACUCCAACUCCAACUCGCCAUCCGCUUCAGGUCCAGGUUCAGGUCCAGGUUCGGUGUCUGACUCCAGCUCCGACCACCACAGCAGCAGCCAAGGCAGCCAGGACAGCCCGGACCGGCCGCUCCGCCCGUUCUACCACCUCUCCUUCCUGGCGCGGAACCCGGCGAGGCCUCGCGUGCAAGGCAGCAUCAACGCCGUGAUGGGCCCGUUCUUGGAGCGCGCCAGGGCCGAAGGGGUGCCCGCGUGGCUGGAAGCCACCACUCCGCAGGCCGUGCGGCUGUAUCAGCACUUCGGGUUCCGGAUCGUCGAGGAGAUCGUGGUGGGCAAGGGCCUGGUCGACGCUCUGGGAUGGCCCGCUCGGGGGGAGCAUGCAAGCGGCGUGACGGCGUGGGCGAUGAUCCUCGAUUCGCACCUUCGCGAGUGAUGCAAAAAGCGGCAUGUCCCCCGAAAAAGGGGAGAGAGCAUUAUGAAUGAAUUGGGGGGAUAUCACACCUGUCAGCGUAAGGACAGAGCAGAAGAGCAAGGACAAGGAAAAGGGCGUAUUGAGAGUCCGAUAUCCAUUCUUCCCGCCUUCUGUUUGAACAGAGGAACGAACUCGAAAACCAAAUAGCCCGUCCGGCAACGCCUGCACUGACACAGCUACAUCGCCCGUAGGUAGUCCAGCGAUACAAAAUCCCUACGAUCAGCGGGCUCGGUGAGCUUGACGGAUGGAGCACGGGUCACGACGUGUAGCCAAGGGAGCACAGGACAAGGGCGAUUCCCGGCCCUGAACAGACGUACGAUGAAUCAAAUCCCAUAGAACAGCUCAGAGCAUGGCAUGGCAGGGCAGGGUAGGAUGCAAGAGCAGGACACGUACCCGCAGGGAUUGCAAUGCAUUGUAAUACAACGCCAAGGACUCGAUCAAUG